AUGUCAUUUACCUUCAACUGGCCCAGAUUCUCGGAUCAGUUCCACUACGAUGCGAUACAAAUGCUUAACAACGCCCUCAACAAGGGCAACAAGCCUCCUGUUAUAGCAGACAAGAUUGAGGUCAUAGAGUUGGAAAUGGGAACCCAGCCACCAGAAUUGGAGAUUCGUGACAUUGGCGAAUUGACUAUGGACCAGUUUCGCGGAAUUUUUCGUUUGACGUACGCGGGGGACGCACAUUUGGUGCUAAAGACGAAGGUUCAGGCCAACCCAUUGAACCCCAAGCAACCUGAUAUCCACCUAAUGACAGGAUCACGAGGUAUGCUAGCAGCGAAACAACCACUCGUGGUUCCUAUGCUCCUUCGCCUCUCGAACUUCAAGCUUAAUUCCUAUGUCGUUCUGGUGGUCUCCAAGCAGAAGGGCAUCACGCUUGUCUUCAAAACUGAUCCGCUGCAAAAUGUGGAUAUCAAUAGUACUUUUGACUCUAUUGCAGUUAUACAAAAGUUCAUCCAACGGGAAAUUGAAGGCCAACUAAGGCAGAUGUUUAGGGAGGAUUUGCCGGGAAUAAUACAUCGGCUCAGCCAACAGUGGGUCAAAGCUAAGGUCGAGGCUCCCUACCUAUUGAAGAGACCCCCGCCCCCGCCAAACGCACCAUCAUUCUACGCAGCUUCAGCCCCAGACCUAUCUAUGCCGCCUAAUUCGCCUAACACAAGUCAGGCCUUUUCAUCGCGCCCGUAUCCCUCGACUACUCGUACUCGACCUCCUCGAUCUGUUUCCGGCGUUUCCAUGACGAGCACUAGCCGUCGUCCUACCCAUACGGUAAAAUCGCCGCCACCCACCGUUGAAAGCACUAGCUCUUUCCCCGACCUUGAGAACUUUGACCCAACGUACGGACUCCGUCCAGAAGGAUUACCCAACAAAAGUCUCUUUCAUGGCUUUAGCAGCUUAUUCACGCCGAACAAAGGGCUAGCAGACCUUGCAGAAGAACCUAGUGAUAUCGAAGAUGGGGACGAGGAGAUGGAAUCUUUCGACGUCGUGGAUUGGGACACUAUGAUCCCGCGAGCCUCACCAUCACCGAGUGUGACAUAUGCGGACGACAAUCGAACCGAAUACGAGACCAUACCGGCAAUUGGGGGUGGGACCGUCACACGUCCUCGCGUUGUGCAUGCUCAAUCCAGGGCUUCUACCGAUUUCUCCUCUGGGGCCACCACGUCUCCGACAGGACGGUCUUUUUCCUAUGAACGCCUCAUGUCUCCACGAGCUGCCGGUAUAUCUAGAUCUGGCUUCACUACCCCUGGUCUAUAUCCAACGCGAAAUGCAUCCUUCUCCUAUUUCUCCCCAGAAUUUGCUGCUUUGCGCCUUCAACGUGGACCGGGUUCGGACGCAGGCACUGCAUUCGAAUCGUCCAUUCUUCCUCCAGGUUUCGGUACGCGGCGACCAUUGACACCUGAUAGUGCAGAGACACAGCAAUCCAGGUCCAGUAGCAGUGGAUUUGGUCAUUCCUUGGAGACACCUCCUUCGUCGGAUCCUUUCGACCCACAAAUUUCGAGCGGUGAAGCUUCCACGAAUCCGAUAUUUAUUCGCCGUGCACCUUCGACCCGUAGACCGUCGGUAUCUUCCGCGUCUGCCAUUCCAGACGGAUCCCCUUCUUCUCCAUUCUUAUCUUCAUCAUCCCCUCCCGAACAUCCGGACCCCAAAAUCAUACUGAAACCUACUGCUAAUAACACAAUCCAUCAGUUAUCGACAUUGAGCCAUUCCAACCACACACUGUCUCCGUAUGUGCGUUCGUUGGAGCACUUUACCGUGAGGAGUGUUCCUCCUCGAGACGCAGGACUAGCUGGGCCCUCGUCGUCAGGCGACCGCCAGCCAGUAAAGGCACGGCGAAAGCGCAUGUAUCGCGUAGGUAGUAAGAAGAAACCUGCUGAAGAUACGGUCUCGCCGGACUUAGAAGGGCAGAUGCUCUCCAGGCGUGCCUCAGCAUCUCCCACACCUCCUUCAGAAUUCGACGCAGAUGAUAUGGACAUAUAUUUUCGGACUCGCGACGAUUACAUACCUCUCUCACCCACUUUGCAUCCUUCGCACAUACGACGGCGACAACCUUAUGAUGACACAUAG